AAAUUUUCCCAUUUAAUGGGAGUUAUGAAUAUUGGAAUAAAUGAAAUAAAUGUUGCAAUAUGACAGAAGAAAAACUCAGGCCUGCAACACCUGCUAUCACUACGGAUGCUUACGGGAUGUUAUCUCCAGGCUAAGCAGCAUCACUCGUCGAUGUGUUCUUUCCGAGCAGCAAAUCGAGACAUUUCAAAAGGCGGAACUGAAGGGCAAGUUGGCAAAUCUCAUAUACUUUAAUCUGGUCCUGUUGCCGGGCGCAAUGGCCGUUGUUUACAUACUGAUCGCGCCAGAGGAUUUCGCUGGCAAUCGUUUUCCGUAUCGCGCCGAGAUGCCCAACUUCUUGCCGCGCAUUCUACAAUCCCUGUACAAGGGACUGAGUGUUGCUCUAUUGGCGCUGGAAACUUCGACGAUUGACUAUCUGAACAUAUCGCUGAUGGGCCAGAUAUGUAUGCACCUGAAGGUACUCAACCUGGCCUUCGAUGAGCUGCGUCCGUCUAACAGGGAGCAGGCCAAGAUAGAUCCCUACAGCUGGCUCGUGGCCAUUGUGAAAUAUCACUGCGAGCUGAUCGUCUUGCGACAGCGGGUGGAGCGCAUCUUUAAUCUGCCAGUCAUGCUGCAGUUCGUCAGCUCCGUGGUAAUUGUCGCCAUGACCGCAUUCCAGGUAAUUGUCAUCGGCGACGGCUCAAAGAGCUCCAUUAUUAUGAACCUGUUGCUCUGCUGUGUGCUCUGCCAAUUGUUCUUGUAUUGCUAUUUCGGCAACGAGGUUUACGAACAGAGCAAGACGCUGCCUACUUCUGGGUUUGGCUGCAAUUGGGACGAGCUCGACAGGAAGUGUAAACAAACUCUGUUGAUUUUCAUGAUAAACGCGGAACGUCCCUUUCUCUUUACGGCUGGCGGCUUUAUGGAUCUCACUCUGCCCAGUUUCACGUACAUUAUAAGCAAGUCCUAUUCCAUUGUCGCCGUGCUCAGGCAAAUGUACAGCAGGUCCUAGGCAUCAUUC